CUUUCACUCUCAAUGGACAGCAUUCCAAAUUAUCCACUGAAUCUGCACCUCAAGAUCACUGCCAACAGCCAAGCAUUGAUAUAUCAGCACAAUCAUCUGAUCCCAAUUCCCAACCAACCAAUUCUUAAAUCCAUUGCAGUUGAAGCAGACAGCUCUUAGUGGCUCAGAAGGCAUGUGCUUUAGCUCUCCAAUGGAAUAUUGUCCCCCCCACCCAACCAUUAUUGCAUUGCUUUCAGAGUCUGGAGAACUGCACACUUCAACCAGAAAUGUAACAGUUAAGACUGAGGCCAACUUGUCCCAGAGCUACUGCAAAAUGGCAUGGCCAAGGAAGACUUGAACACCAUAUGGUAGACAGCUCCAUUCUCUUGCCUAACCUAAUUAAAAGUGUGGUGAAAGGACACCAAGAAUAGUGGAGAUAAAGGUGUUGUAAAAGUUAGGGCUACCUACUUUGGUCAAAUGGACAAGGCAGUGAGGGGAUGAAGUCAAUGCCCUCAUAUAUAUAUAUAUACACACACAUAGAAUACCCUCUUCUUUCACUUGUUAAUCCAUGCCCACCUCCACCACAAGUGCUUCUUCCCUCUACCACUCAUCAUGGGCAGGUCUCCUUGUUGUGAGAAGGCACACACCAACAGAGGAGCUUGGACCAAGGAAGAAGACCAAUUACUGAUCGCCUACAUCAAAGCCCAUGGCGAAGGCUGCUGGAGAUCUCUCCCCAGAGCUGCAGGCCUUCUGCGGUGCGGCAAGAGUUGCCGGCUUCGGUGGAUCAAUUACCUCCGUCCCGACCUCAAGCGAGGCAACUUCACGGAGGAGGAGGAUGAGCUCAUCAUCAAGCUCCAUGGCUUGCUCGGAAACAAAUGGUCUGUCAUCGCCGGGCAGUUGCCGGGAAGGACCGACAACGAGAUCAAGAACUACUGGAACACCCACAUCAAGCGCAAGCUCGUCGGCCGCGGCAUCGACCCGCAGACUCACCUCCCGGUGCACGGCGGCGCCGCCACGCCAGGGAAAGCCUUGAAGCCGCCAUCGAGUGCUGCCUCGCCGGCGGAGAAGGAGAGGUGCCCCGACCUCAACCUCGACCUCUCGAUGAGCCUUUCUUUCUCUUCUCCGACGCCGUCGGAGGUGUUUGCAGCGGCUGAUCCAGCGGCAGAUGCUACAAGCAGUCCUACAUCAGCAGUCCCACCUCGUCAUGCUCAUGCCAUCUGUUUGUGUUACCACCUGGGUCUCCAAAGCAGCGAAACUUGCAGCUGUCAAGAAAACCCUAGCCAUCAUGUUCUUAGAUACUACAGACCCUUGGAAGAAGGGCGACACACACAUUAACUGUAAUGGAUUCCACCACUGGAUUUAGAUGAUGCAGACUGUAAGACUACUACUAGUCAGCUUCACUCAUCCAUGUUUAACACGA